AUGAGGACACAGGCUCUGGCCGUUGCCCUCUUGGCAGCAACUGAUUACGCUGCCGCCGUAACUCCGGACGCAAGGUUGCACAAGCGCGAUCUCGCAUACUCGCCGCCAGUUUACCCGUCACCAUGGAUGGACCCCAGUGCCGACGGCUGGGCUGAGGCUUAUAUCAAAGCGAAGGACUUCGUGUCCCAGCUGACUCUUCUCGAGAAGGUGAACUUGACAACCGGAGUUGGCUGGCAAGGAGAUGUGUGCGUCGGCAAUGUUGGGUCUAUUCCUCGACUGGGUCUUCGCGGCCUUUGCAUGCAGGAUGGCCCUGUGGGUGUCCGCUUCUCCGACUACAACUCCGUUUUCCCCUCGGGCCAGACCGCCGCGGCGACCUGGGACCGAAGUUUGAUCUACCGCAGAGCCGAAGCCAUCGGGUUCGAGCACCGUGCCAAGGGUGUCGACGUCGUUCUGGCCCCUGUUGCUGGGCCCAUCGGCCGCGCGCCAACUGGAGGUCGUAACUGGGAGGGGUUCUCUGUCGACCCGUACCUUACAGGUAUCGCCAUGGCUGAGUCGGUCAAGGGUAUCCAGAAGCACGCGAUCGCAUGCGCCAAGCAUUUCAUUGGCAACGAGCAGGAGCAUUUCAGACAAGCGCCCGAGGCUAUUGGCUACGGAUAUAACAUUACCGAGUCCUUGUCAUCCAACAUCGACGACCGAACCAUGCACGAGUUGUACAUGUGGCCCUUUGCGGAUGCCAUCCGCGCCGGUGUCGGUUCUAUCAUGUGCUCCUACAACCAAGUCAACAACUCGUACGGCUGCCAGAACUCGAAGCUUCUCAACGGUCUCCUGAAGGAAGAGCUCGGCUUCCAGGGUUUCAUCAUGUCCGAUUGGUCAGUCCUUCUUUCCUCUCUUCCUUCCUUCCCUCCGUCCUCACUUUCACUAUUCUCGAGUUCGGCUUCAGUGGCUAACAUGUUCACAGGCAAGCUCAGCAUGUACGCAGGAGCUGCUACCGCUGUUGCUGGCCUUGACAUGGCUAUGCCUGGUGAUGUGCUCUUCAACACGGGAACCACGUUCUGGGGCACCAACCUCACCGUAGCCGUCCUCAACGGCACCGUCCCCGAGUAUCGCCUCGACGACAUGGCCCUGCGCAUCAUGGCUGCCUUCUUCAAGGUUGGCUUCGAGGUGAAGUCGUUGCCCGACAUCAACUUCUCUUCAUGGACCAAGGACACCAUCGGACCUGUUCAGUACUACGCCAAGGAGAACGUCCAGGUCAUCAACCAACAUGUCGACGUCCGCAACGGCAGAGAUCACGCCAAUCUCAUUCGUGAGAUCGCUGCCAAGGCUACAGUCCUGUUAAAGAAUGAGGGCGCCCUGCCACUCAAGAAGCCCAAGUUCCUGGCCGUCAUCGGCGAGGAUGCCGGCCCCAACCCUCGCGGCCCCAAUGGAUGUGCCGAUCGUGGAUGCAACGAGGGCUCCUUAGCAGCCGCCUUCGGCUCAGGCUCGAGCGAUUUCUCUUAUCUGGUUACUCCUGAUCAAGGGCUUCAAGCGCGGGCGAUCGCGGAUGGCACUCGAUACGAGAGCAUCCUCAGCAACUACGAAACCGCGGCUACUACGGCCUUGGUCUCGCAGGCAGAUGCCACGGCCAUUGUGUUUGUCAACGCCAACAGCGGUGAAGGUUACAUCAAUGUCGGCGGUAACGAAGGUGACCGGCAGAACCUGACGCUCUGGAACGCGGGCGACGAGCUGGUUAAGAACGUUUCAUCGAUCAACAACAACACCAUCGUCGUCAUCCACUCGGUGGGCCCUGUCUUGCUGACUGACAUGUACAACAACCCCAACAUCACGGCGAUUGUGUGGGCCGGACUUCCGGGCCAGGAGUCGGGUCACUCGAUCACGGACGUGCUUUACGGAGACGUUAACCCCGGAGGCAAGUCCCCGUUCACGUGGGGCCCUACCCGCGAAAGCUACGGCGCCGACGUCUUGUACGAGCCCAACAACGGUGAGGGCGCUCCUCAGGACGACUUCACUGAGGGGGUCUUUAUCGAUUACCGCUAUUUCGACCGGGCCACUUCCGGGUCCAGCAUCAAUGGAACCUACCGGAACUCCACUGGCGCGGCUCCCAUCUAUCCCUUCGGCUUUGGUCUUUCGUACACGACUUUUGAGUACUCCAACUUGGUAGUGACUCCCGGAAACGCGGGCGAAUACUCACCGACGACGGGUGAGACGGCGGAGGCGCCGACAUUUGGCAACUACAGCACCGACCCGGCGGAAUACGUGUUCCCGAGCGACAAGUUCCGUUACAUCUACAACUUCAUCUACCCCUACCUGAACACAUCGGACAUUCGCGAGUCUGCCAACGACCCGACGUUCGGACAGGCGGCCGACGAGUUCCUGCCUCCCCGGGCGCUCGAGAGCAGCCCCCAGCCCAAGCACCCGGCAUCAGGCGCCCCUGGUGGCAACCCUCAGCUUUGGGACGUCUUGUACACCGUGACGGCGACGGUCACCAACACGGGCGGUGUUGCCGGCGACGAGGUUGCGCAGCUGUACGUGUCGCUCGGCGGCCCGGAGGACCCUGUCAAGGUGCUGCGCGGCUUCGAACGACUCCCUAUCGAGCCCGGUGCGUCGGCGACUUUCAGGGCGGAGAUCACGAGACGCGAUCUCAGCAACUGGGACACGGUGAGCCAGAACUGGGUCAUCAGCAAGUACCCGAAGAAGGUGUGGGUGGGAAGCUCGUCUCGAGACUUGCCGCUGAGCGCGUCUCUUUAG